AUGGAGGUAGAGGGAGACAGAGGGAGGCAGAGGGAGGUAGAGGGAGGAAGAGGGAGGCAGAGGGAGACAGAGGGAGGCAGAGGGAGGCAGAGGGAGACAGAGGGAGGCAGAGGGAGGCAGAGGGAGACAGAGGGAGGUAGAGGGAGACAGAGGGAGGUAGAAGGAGGCAGAGGGAGGCAGAAGGAGACAGAGGGAGGUAGAGGGAGACAGAGGGAGAGGGAGGCAGAGGGAGGCAGAGGGAGGCAGAGGGAGGCAAAGGGAGGCAGAGGGAGACAGAGGGAGGUAGAGGGAGACAGAGGGAGGCAGAGGGAGGUAGAGGGAGGAAGAGGGAGGAAGAGGGAGGCAGAGGGAGACAGAGGGAGGCAGAGGGAGGCAGAGGGAGGUAGAGGGAGGCAGAGGGAGGCAGAGGGAGGUAGAGGGAGGCAGAGGGAGACAGAGGGAGACAGUGGGAGACAGAGGGAGGCAGAGGGAGGCAGAGGGAGGCAGAGGGAGGCAAAGGGAGGCAGAGGGAGGCAGAGGGAGACAGAGGGAGGUAGAGGGAGACAGAGGGAGGUAGAGGGAGGCAGAGGGAGACAGAGGGAGACAGUGGGAGACAGAGGGAGGCAGAGGGAGGCAGAGGGAGGCAGAGGGAGGCAGAGGGAGGUAGAGGGAGACAGAGGGAGGCAGAAGGAGGCAGAGGGAGACAGAGGGAGACAGAGGGAGGUAGAGGGAGGCAGAGGGAGACAGAGGGAGGCAGAGGGAGGUAGAGGAAGACAGAGGGAGACAGAGGGAGAGGGAGACAGAGGGAGGCACAGGGAGGUAGAGGGAGGUAGAGGGAGGCAGAAGGAGGCAGAGGGAGACAGAGGGAGACAAAGGGAGGCAGAGGGAGACAGAGGGAGGCAGAGGGAGGCAGAGGGAGGCAGAGGGAGACAGAGGGAGGUAGAAGGAGGCAGAGGGAGGCAGAGGAAGACAGAGGGAGGCAGAGGGAGGCAGAGGAAGACAGAGGGAGGCAGAGGGAGGCAGAGGGAGACAGAGGGAGGCAGAGGGAGACAGAGGGAGACAGAGGGAGGUAGAGGGAGGCAGAGGGAGGCAGAGGGAGGCAGAGGGAGACAGAGGGAGGUAGAGGGAGGCAGAGGGAGGCAGAGGGAGGCAGAGGGAGGCAGAGGGAGGUAG